AUGAAGUUGAGGGUCAAGCACGCCUCCGGGCAGCGCAUAGCGUUGCAGGUUUCCAACAACGCAACCCUGGGCGAACUGCACGCACAGGUGGCCCACGCCGUGCUGGGUGCCCCAACAGCGGGCGUGACGCUGUCCUUUAACAACAAGGAUCCACUGCUUGGCGCACCCAACACCCCGCUGAGCGAACUAGGCGUUGCCAAUGGCGACCUGCUGUGGCUGAUGACGCCGCCACAGCCUCCGCAGCAACAGGAGCCUGGCGCUGCCACCAAGCCGGCCGCGCCCGAGGCCAAGCGAGCUCGCGACAGAGGGGCCGAUGCAAACACGAUGCCGCCUGCGGCGCAGGGUUUUUCAACGCUGCAGCAGGACAGUGGCAAGGGCAAGAAGGUGCUGGUUGGUACUGCCCCAGCGCCAGCCGGAUGCAGUGGGUUGGAGCAGGGGGUGCAGCAGCAGGCGGCCGAGGUGCAAGAGCACCUGGAGCUGCUCGCAACCAGCCAGCGAGUCCCAACUUACCUUCUGCGCACUCUCCAGCACAGCUGCACCCAGCACACCCAGCCUGCGGAGCUGCUGAUGCUCGCAGCGCAUGCGGCAAUGCUGGAGACGGGUUUUGUGCCCAGCUGGGUGGCGCUGCCAGCCGGCUCCGGCAGCAUCUACCAUGUGGCGAUGUCUGGCAGCUGCUGGGCCACCCGCAGCAUUUGCAGGAUCAGGUAUCACCUGGCGAAUGGCGGCAGCAUGAUGACCGAAGCCACGCAGGUGGCUGGGGGCACCAGCGAGCAGCAACAGGGCCCGGCCUUCACGCUGCAAUGCAGCAGCCUGGGUGGUGGAGUCGUGCUGGCGCUGGACCCUGCCAGCACUCGGCGCUUGUGGACAGCACUCAAGGACGGUCUGGCCUUUCCCAUGCUGCUGGCGGCGUACGCUGAGGCAGGGCUGCCGCCGCCUGUGGGGCUGCUGGCCCUGCCAGAGGACAUCAAGCACCGCCUGCUGGAGCUGGUGGAGGCUCAGGACCUGGCAUCGCUUUGCUGCACCUGCUCGGAAUUGCGUCACCUGGCAUCUCAGGACGAGCUGUGGCGCCCCCUGUUUGAGCGCGAGUUUCCCCAUGCGCCGCCUUACUUUACCGCCCAGGCACAGCAAGGCCGAGGCUACAAGUGGGCAUUUGCGCAGUGCUGGCGCGAGCGGCGGCAGCGUGAGGAGGCACUACGUCGUGUCCGCGCCCGCUCAUUCAUGCCCGCCGUGCCACACUUUGGCGUGCCCCGGCCGCCCUUCUACCCGCCGCCACUGCGCCCCGGCUAUCCUGGCAUCGUUGGCGGCGACUUUGAUCGCCUGCCGCAGUUUGCCAGCAUGUACCAUAAGUGCGCAUAUCUGUAG